AUGACCACGAGAUAUCCGAAGCUCGCUGAAAUGGAUAGCGACAACUAUGAUUCUCAGUCGGGUGAAGACGGCGAGAAGAUUCCUGAGCCUUCGGCAUGGGCGCCAGUUGAUCGAGAUCCUUUCGAGGUCUCUUUCGAUGGGAUCGACGACCCCUUUUGUCCCCAUAGUAUGCCCUUGCUUCGCAAAUGGAUCAUAGUCACAAUCUUAUGCAAUGUGACGAUUUGCGUUACUUGCACUAGCUCAGCAUACACAUCCACGUACACUCAGAUGAAUGCCGAGUUUGGCACGUCGUCUCUAAUAUCCACCCUCGGACUAUCGACAUUUCUCUUGGGCAUUGCUUUCGGACCACCCAUGAUCAGCCCCCUUAGCGAGUACUACGGGCGACGCCCCAUCUACCUCGGUACAUGGUCUCUGUUCAUCCUUUCAACGAUCCCAUCUGCAGUCGCGAAGAACAUUCAGACCCUUCUUGUCACCCGGUUCUUCAGUGGUGCCUUUGGUGGAACGUUUCUGUCAGUGUCGGGAGGAACUGUGGGCGACAUCUUCCAACUGCAUGAAAUCCAAACGCCCAUGUCUCUUGUGUCUCUGGUGCCUUUCAUGGGACCUUGCGUGGGCCCCCUGAUUGGCGGAUUUAUCAACUACAACGUCAACUGGCGAUGGACAUAUUACAUCAUGAUCAUCUGGUCUUCUUUAUUGAUGGUCAUCAUUGUCUUCUUCACGCCCGAGACUUUCCACCCUAUCAUGUUGCACAUGAAGGCAAAGCAAAUUCGCCAGCAGACUGGAGACGAUCGGUAUCACGCACCAAUGGAGAAAAAGAAGGACGCAGCUGUCCAGGCAUCGAAGGCUUCCAUUAUAGCAACCUCAAUGCUGCGGCCCUUGCAAUUCAACUUCCUAGAGCCAAUGUGCCUCUGCCUCAACGUCUACUCAGCCAUUCUGCUAGCCAUUUUAUACUUGUUCUUCCUAGCAUUUCCGCGUCUAUUCCGAGCGCAGUACGGAAUGAACCUAUGGCAAGGCGGUCUCACCUUCCUUGGCAUUAUCGUCGGCAUGUGUUUGGCUGCAGCAACAUCACCCAUUUGGUCCAACAUCCGCACGCGACUUGUGGAGAAGCAUGGUACCAGUGAGCCCGAGUUUCGACUACCCUCGGCCAUGCUGGGUGGGAUUUUGAUACCAAUUGGCUUGUUCUGGUUCGGCUGGACUAUAAGUCCAGAUAUUCAUUGGAUCGUUCCCGUAAUCGGCUCCGGAGUGUUCGGAUGCGGGACAGUUCUAGCCUUCACUGGCAUUUAUACUUUUCUUAUAGAUGCAUAUGCAAAGUAUUCUGCAUCGGCGUUGGCGUCGAACGGCCUGACGAGGUGCCUGUUUUCCGAGAUUAGUCUAAUCAGCCAAGGAAGGUUCCGCGAGCUUGACCACUUUGGCUUCGAUGAGGCCACACUUGAUCUUCCGGUAAACAGUGGAUUUGCAUGA